GGGAGGUAAAUCCAUCUGCGUUUCCCCAGCGGCGCUUUCGGCCGCCCGGGUUUCCCGCUGUCCAUCCCGGGCUGUGGCGAAUCGGCCUCCGCCAACGCGCAGCUAACGCCGUGCCCGCGCCGCCGGAGGCAAUGACUGACUGGGCCCCCAUAGCCAAGGAGUACGACCCCCUCAAAGCCGGGAGCAUCGAUGGCACCGAUGAAGAGCCCCACGACCGUGCCAUAUGGAGGGCUAUGCUGGCGCGGUACGUACCCAACAAGGGAGUCGCGGGAGAUCCUCACCUCACCCUGUUUGUAGCUAGGCUCAAUCUUCAAACAACGGAAGAGAAAUUGAAGGAGGUUUUUUCCCGGUAUGGAGAUAUCAGAAAGAUCCGGCUGGUUAGAGACUUAGUUACAGGAUUUUCCAAGGGUUAUGCGUUUAUUGAAUACAAAGAGGAGCGUGCUCUGUUGAAGGCCCACAGGGAUGCCAACAGGCUGGUUAUUGACCAGCAUGAGAUCUUUGUGGACUUUGAAUUGGAAAGGACUCUCAAAGGGUGGAUUCCUCGGAGGCUUGGAGGCGGUUUUGGAGGCAAAAAAGAAUCUGGGCAGCUACGAUUUGGAGGACGGGACAGACCUUUCCGAAAGCCCAUCAAUUUGCCAACCAUGAAAAAUGAUUUCUACGGAGAGGGAUCAGCAGAGAAAAGAAACUGGUCUCGUGAAGGAACAAGGGACUGGAGAACAAGAGAUCGAGACCAUGAAAGGAGCAGAGACAAGAGGUGGCCGGAAAGGGAGCGGUCAUGGGCUUGGAGUGAAAGCGAAAGAGAGAGGGACUCCAAAGAAGACAGGAGCAGAGGGAGAGAGAGGAAGGACAGAGACAGGAAAGACAGGGAUAGAGACCGGAGCAGGGAAAGAGAUUCCAAGAAACAAAGAGAUGAUGAUAAGCAUCGAUAGGUGAAGGUGCCUUGUCUGUAAUUAUGGGAAGUUUGGGCAUGGUGUCUACUGCCAUAUUUCUCUCAAAUAGUGUGAACCAAGUCCUGCUGCUCCAACGACUGGCACUUUUUGGGCCAGGCUGGGACCCACCUCUGCUGUCAUGGUAAAUGAACUGGGAAGGAAGGAGGUGGGAUGCAGCAGGCUUCCAGCCUCACGAGCUCUGGAUAAAGCUGGUGUGCAGCCUUCUGGCAGUCAUGGAUGGGUUUGAGUUGCAGAGGUUGUCUUCAGCUUAGGGCUGUGACCUGCAUUCACUGAGCAACUGUGAUGUUACUGUCCUCUGCCUGUGACGAUUAUCUGCUAUAAGCUCUUUGUAUUUCUGUUUCUAAUACAAUUAAGAUACUUGCUGUUGAGUCUUUCUUCAGAGAAAUUAAACAUUUCUAUUAAUAUUCUGAA